AUGUGCUGGGCGGGCAGGCGCAGUGCUUCUUUCCCCUCCCCUGCUGCAUGCCGGCUUGGGGCCCGUCUCCUCCCCCCGUGCAAAGGGGCCGGCCGGCCCAUUGUCCAUUUUCCUAGGUUCCGCCUCGCCCGCUCUUCGUGCUUCCGCCGGGCUGGUAGCUGUCCCGUGGUGCCGGGUCGGGGUGCAGCGCUGGCGGCGGGCAGGAUGGGCUGCGAGCGGCCGGGAGCUAUGGGGCUGGGGCUGGGGCUGCUGGGGCUGCUGCUGGCCGGGGCGCGGGCGCAGUACGAGCGCUACAGCUUCAAGAGCUUUCCCCGGGACGAGCUGAUGCCGCUGGAGUCCGCCUAUCGCUACGGCCUGGACCAGUACAGCAGCGAGAACUGGCCCGAGAGCGUCAGCUACUUGGAGGUGAGCAUGCGGCUGCACCGCCUGCUGCGGGACAGUGAGGCCUUCUGCCACCUCAACUGCAGCGCCGCCCGCCUGCCGCCGCGCGGCUCCCCGGCCCGCUUCGCCGGCUUCCCGGAGCUGCGCCUCUUCGCGGACGUGCUGCAGCGGGCGCAGUGCCUCAAGCGCUGCAAGCAGGGGCUGCCCGCCUUCCGCCAGUCCCAGCCCAGCCGCGAGGUGCUCGACGAGUUCCAGAGGCGAGAGCCCUACAAGUUCCUGCAGUACGCCUACUACAAGGCUAAUAACUUUCCAAAAGCCAUUGCAGCAGCUCAUACAUUUCUGCUGAAGCACCCAAAUGACGAGAUGAUGCAGAGGAAUAUGGCUUAUUACAAGAGCAUGCCUGAUGCCGAGGAACAUAUUAAAGACUUGGAGACAAAGCCAUAUGAGACUCUCUUUGUCAGGGCUGUGAGGGCAUACAAUGGGGAUAACUGGAGGACCUCCAUCUCUGAUAUGGAGCUGGCACUUCCCGAUUUCUUCAAAGCCUAUGAUGACUGCCUUGCAGCCUGUGAAGGCUCCCGGGAGAUCAAAGAUUUUAAAGAUUUUUAUCUUUCAGUAGCAGAUCACUACAUUGAGGUCCUUGAAUGCAAACUGCAGUGUGAAAUCAACCUGACGCCGGUCAUAGGAGGCUUUGUUGUGGAGAAGUUUGUGGCAACCAUGUACCAUUACUUACAGUUUGCCUAUUAUAAAUUGAAUGACAUGAAGAAUGCAGCCCCUUGUGUUGCUAGCUACAUGCUCUUCGACCAGAAAGAUGAAGUGAUGAAACAGAACAUGGUCUACUAUCAAUACCAUAAAGACAAAUGGGGACUCACAGAGGAAGAUUUCCAGCCCAGACCAGAAGCAGUUCGAUAUUAUAACAUAACCACACUUCAGACGGAAAUGUAUGAAUUUGCAAAGCAGCAUAUAAUGGAUGAUGAUGAGGGUGAAGUUGUGGAAUUCCUUGAUGAACUCCUUGAAGUGGAUGAAAACAGUGAAUCCUGAUGAACAAAAACAAGGCAUAGUUUUUUUUUAAAAAAUAAAGACCCACUGUUGUG